UGCAGCCUAUCAGAGCAGUGCUGCUUCUCCCAUUCUCCCUGUAGGGACAUCUACAAGGCACAAGCUACCCUGCGAAGUAGAACGAUAGAUACACGCUGCUUUGACGAGUACACGGGUAUGCCAAUAAGUUUGGCCCAGUGAGUUCCUGAUGGAGGGGCAGCCUCAGGGCUUUUGGUUAGGACGCCAUGUUUCCCUGUGUCUCCUCCUGGCCCUCUUCUGAUUCGCCGGCCUCUGCCGGCGGCGCCAGUGGCAACCAUGCCCCGUCUCCCCUGGCGUCCCCAACUCACGUGCCACUCGCGUCUGCCCAGCAGCAGCCCCCUCAGCCUCUGCCUGACCUACUGUGCAGCUGUUCAGUAGCGCCCCCUGCCCACCACCCACCACCGGUGCACAUGGAGUCCCUCAUCGUGGUAACCGAGUACGAGCCCAGCGGGCCGUCCGAGGACAGGAUGGGCGCCGAUGACGAGGACGAACCGGAGGACAUGGACAGCUCGGAGACGCCCGACCCCCAGGGUCAGCGCCGGGCGGCUGCGGGGGCGUCUGUGCCGGCGUUCCGGAUGGCCUCGUGUGACCUCUUGUCCGCGGUGGGCCGGCCCGAGGCGCUCUUCCCCGAGCCGCAGGAAACGCGCGGGCGCCUGCACCUGUCUGACAGGAAGCUGUCGCUGCAGGAGCGCUCACAGACGCUGUCCUCGCCAUGCGGCUCGCCUGGCAUCAAUGGGCGCUACAUCUACCCGUCGCUGCCCUACUCGCCCAUCACCUCGCCGCAUUCGUCCCCACGCCUGCCGCGUCGCCCCACCGUCGAGUCCCACCGGGUCUCCAUCACUGACCUGCAGGACUGUGUCCAGCUCAACCAGUACAAGCUGAAGGAUGAGAUCGGAAAGGGCUCCUAUGGAGUUGUCAAGCUGGCGUAUAAUGAAGACGACAACACCUACUACGCGAUGAAAGUCCUAUCCAAAAAGCGGCUGAUGAGACAGGCUGGUUUCCCACGUCGUCCGCCUCCACGCGGUGCCAAAGGGCCUCCUGAGGGCCCCCCACAGCCCAAAGGGCCCCUGGAGAGGGUCUACCAGGAGAUCGCCAUCUUAAAAAAGCUGGACCACCCAAAUGUGGUCAAACUGGUGGAGGUUUUGGAUGACCCUGGUGAAGAUCAUCUGUACAUGGUGUUUGAACUGGUCAAACAAGGUGCUGUGAUGGAGGUGCCUACAGAUAAGCCCUUGACUGAGGACCAAGCGCGAUUCUACUUCCAGGACCUGCUGAGGGGGAUUGAGUAUUUGCAUUACCAAAAAAUCAUCCAUCGCGACGUCAAACCCUCCAACCUACUGGUGGGCGAAGGUGGGCACAUAAAGAUCGCAGACUUCGGCGUGAGUAAUCAGUUUGAGGGGACAGAUGCGCUGCUGACCAGUACUGUGGGAACGCCAGCUUUCCUCGCUCCCGAGACGCUGUCCGAGACCCGCAAGAACUUCUCUGGAAAGGCUUUGGAUGUGUGGGCAAUGGGGGUCACCCUGUACUGCUUUGUCUUUGGAGUGUGUCCCUUCAUGGACGAGCGAAUUCUCAGCCUCCAUCAGAAGAUCAAAACCCAGCCUGUGGAAUUGCCCGAGCAUGCAGAUGUGUCGGAUGAUCUGAAGGAUCUUCUCUUUAAGAUGCUGGACAAGAAUCCUGAGACCAGGAUAACAGUGCCACAAAUAAAGGUGCACCCGUGGGUGACGCGGCAUGGUGCCGAGCCCCUCCCCCCAGAGGAUGACAACUGUUGCUCCCUUAUCGAGGUGACGGAGGAGGAAGUGGAGAACUCUGUCAAGCACAUCCCCAGCCUGGCCACCGUGAUCCUGGUGAGGACCAUGCUACGCAAGCGCUCGUUUGGCCACCCAUUCGAUUGGAGCCGCCGAGAGGAGAGAAGCCUGUCCACACCUGGGCCCAUGCUGACAAAGGGCAGAGCAGGCAGUUUGAAAUACUGCUACAUUCAUGGUCACUCCAGGAAACAGGAGAGCGGGGAGGGCAUGCGAAGCAUGGAGCUGCCCUUCGUAGGCGAGGACGAAGUGCUGUCCUGAUUGGCGGGGCUCUCUCGGUCAGCGUGCCGGCUUGGGUCUGACAGAGACGCCCUGGCGAGGAGAAGAAAAGGGGGGGACAUGGAAGUGCUGCCAUGUUGCAGUUUGGCAGGAGAUGGGAAGAGAGCUGGUGAAGAGCAGCAGUGGGGACCACACACACACACACACACACACACACACACACACACCAACACGCACACACACACACACGACACACACAAAACACACACAACACACACGGUAAUGGAGCGUGACUGAUGUAAUUACACAUUGAGGGUGUUUAUAUGGAUGUAUAUGUGUGUGAGGGGGGUGUGUGUGGGAUGUAGGAUUGAUUUUUAAGAGAGAGACCCCCCUCCACUCUCACUCCUGCACCCACUCACCUCUGUCUCUGCAGUUCAUGUUGGCGCUGCCACAUCAUGCAUGUGUGUACAGACUUGCAGUAGCAUGCAGCCUCCACCACCAGGCCUCUGCUCUCAGGGCCUGCCAGUGACAUCAGCGUUUUUUUCCCUUCUCUUCUCUCGUUUGUCUUGUUCCUUCCUUCUCCACCUUCACAUUGCACUUUUUUUUUUUUUUUCCUCUGAUGCAGCACAGCGGUGAAAUUCAUCUCGCUGCUGAAGCGUUAAGGGCAGCUGACCGUGAUCCUCCCGAACUAGGGCUAGUGUCGUCUUUUUUUCUUCCUUUACAAUUAUCCAAAAAGGGAAAAAGCUAUCACUUGUGUAUGUGAUGUAAAAAUGUGCUAAUCCAAAAUUCUAACUUGUACUUCCUUUUGAGGUUUGUUGAAGUAUCCAAUUUGAAAACGAAUGGCAUUGAUUUAAACAGAAGUGUGUUGUUGGUGCCCAAAUAUUUACAUGGUGAGCAAUAGAUUUGCCAGUAACUAAUUGUCUUUUUUAAACAAAGAAAAUGUACAGUGCUUUUUUGAAGGAGAGAGAAUUCAGGUAAUCAUGAUAGUAUAGUACUGUGUUGUGAGGAGCUUUUAAAUGGCAUUUUUGUGCAGCAUUUUUAUGAUACUGAAGCCCCAAACCAAAAUAGUCAAUAUUGUGUAUGCACAUUCACAAGAUUGGCAUUGGCUCAUCUCUGACUACCAACACGGUUCAAAAAGUUGAGCAUUAACACUGGCCGUCAACAUGCAGUUGUUUUAGGUCAGGCAUGACCACCACAGAUUUGCACACUUCUGUGUGUAAAGCUCACUAAAGAGUAUAUUUUUGUACAUUUCCAAGUGCAUCAGUGUGAGAUCUAGCAAAAAUGUUGUAUUUGUUUUACUUAGUUUGCAGAUCUUAUGGGAAUUCCAAUACAAUUCUAUGCAUGGCAUCAUGUAAUGAAUUAUUAAAGGUUUGACUGAUAACAAAUGAUAUGCCUUACAUUUCAUAUUUACACCCUUUAUCGUAGGUCAUCACUACAGUAUCUUAGGUAAUGCAGAAGUGUAGAUGGAUAGAUUGGAGAAGAUUGAGGUAGUGUGUUUAGUAGUUUCAGAUAUUGCCUGCUUAAGAGUAAGGAAUAAAGUCCAAGCACAGGUAGUGUUGACUAAAAAACCUGAUCAACCCAAAGCCUACUAAAAUACCGUAGUAUGUUCAGCGUGCCCUACGGAUAUGGGCAAGUAUGCUUGGUUUCUUUAUCCCCCUUGCUCCCUUGUUUAGGUGUAGGAGUAGUUUUAGGAACUUCGUAGUGUAGAUACAGUACAACCACUUGAUUUAGAGAAAAUCUUAAAGGCAUAUAUAACACUCACUGUUGAUGCUUCCACAUACUGUAAGUUCUUUCAGCACUUUAUGUGUUGAAUGUAUAUAAGAAAAGGGGAUUGGAGUCUGCUAGGCAGUGACAGACUUCAACCAUUUGUUUUUUAUAUUGUGACUCCUGCUCCCCGGACUUGACACACGUGCAUGCACACACGUGCAUGCACACACACACACACACACACACACACACACACACACACACACACACUCACACUUUUUUUCUCCUGUUGCAUGCUACACUGUAUUGGAAAUAUCUCUCUGACUUGUACGUUGUGUGUUUUUUAAGACUUAUUACUAUGCAUAAGACAUUUCACUCUGUGGUGCAAUUUUGGAUUUUGAUAGUCUCUUGUGUUUUCUUUUUGUAUUAUGUUUUGUGUAUUUUUUUUUGUUGUUGACACUGUUGGACUUAAAGCUGUGUUUCUGGAAGCUGGUUACCAUGGAUAUGUAAGAUGCGCAGGUGCAUUGUCAAACAGUAAAUGUACACAAACUAUCAGGGGGUAAUUCAUUUGGAACGUCUCUGACAGUGUAAUUCCUAAAAAUAAUGAAUGACGUUCUAAAACUUAGAUAACUUUUAUCUUUUGACAUUACAUUCACAUCUGUUUAAAAAACUACCUCAGUCAAAUAGGCCUACAAGAUUAAAUUUAGCCAAUUACAUUAUGGCAUCAGUUAAAGAAGGCAUGACAACCCUAUAACCAUUUAGAAUGGUUAGAGUGAAUACAUUAUGAAGGAUAACAUUUCAAUUCAAUUACCUAAUUAACAUUCAUUAUAUGCACAAUGGGGUUUUUACAAAUACUUGCAAAAGUGAUUUGAGAUUGACAAGGUUUGGAACCAACAGAAUGCUGUAAAAUAAAUGUGUUUAUGACAUUUUUAAAUUUAAUCUUAUUUGUUCAUGGUUUCUGCCCAGUUUCACCGAAAGGGCUAUGAAAACGUUGCUGUUUUAUAUCACUUAGCCUAACAUGUUUUAGUCAUUGUAGUGAGAACAGUUUACAGCUAAAUGACCACUUAAUUGCAUGUCAUCUCGAACAUUACAUUUGAAUUUCUAGCAUGAUUGAGCUGUUCAGCAGAUCUGCAAUGAUCUCAAAGUUAAUCACUUUAGAUAUAUUAUAUCCUGUUUAAUAUUUCAAUAAAUUAAAGUUGCCUUUCUCUUG